AUGCUCUCACACGCCAAAUUCUGGAGAAGCGGACAUGAUGCCGAGGAAUUACCUUCGCCAACCACCGUCGUCCCAUUCGCUGGGCGCAUUGGCGCAAAUCAGGAGUUCGCAAUGGAUAAAAACAACUGUACGCAGAUAGAAUUGUUGCAGAAGUUUCCCGACGCUGCUCCCUGGAUCCCAUUAAAGGAUGCCCUAUCUUUGCGACGUAUUCUACAGGUAGAGCUAUGGAAGGCCGCUGGUGUCGAAGCUAUAGGAACAUGCUUGCUGGUAUACUUGACCUGCUUCAUCGCUGUGGGCCUAAGUCAAACGGUGAAGUAA